UUGCAAGUUACGCCAUAUUGUAGUAUGCCGUGCAUCGUGUUAGUGUACGCAAUAUUGUUAUUAUGCAGCCGUCUCAAUUAAUUUCUCCGGGGAUUUUCUUAUUUCAUAAUUAUUUUCAGUGAGCCGUAUUUACAUCUACCAGUCUAUUAAUAUUUCUUGUCAUUAUUGUAAAGUGAGCUCAACGAAUUCAAUGCGUGACAUCAAAUCUCGAUGAAUAGUGAGGAUCGAAAUUAUGAUUUCAAAGCUGUGAUCGUUUUCAAGCAUUGUGAAGGUCGACCUAACAGUUUGAACUGAAAUUAUUGCAUCCAGCAAUUCUAGUAUUCCCACCUGGUAUCCAAGUGUACUACUCUGUCGGCCUACUUCGACGUCUACGACACGGUCGUUUUCCUCGAAAGAUGAUGUCGGGUUUAAAACGAUUCUUUUCGCUUUGGCGGGUGUCGAUGGCGUUGUUCACAUGCCUCUUCUUCAUGGGUGUUUUUUUAAGCUUGCCGGUGGUCAUCGACGAUAUCGCAAAAGAGCUUCAUACGACCACGGCCUUAAUCGGAAUUACGAUGGCGGUCUUCGUCGUUCCUUUCGGUAUCACAGGUCCUCUGGUGUCAUACGCCCUCAACAUUGUAGGAUGUCGUGUGGUGAUCAUGAUAGGUGGUGUUCUCCUAUCUUCAGGGAUAUUCCUCAUGGCGUUCGCACGACAUAUUGCCUUUGUUUGGGUUGGAUUCAGUUUGCUUGGAGGGAUUGGAGGGAGUGCUAUGUACACAGCAUCUACAGCUACCAUUCGACAGCACUACUCUGACCGCCACUACGCCCUAGCUAAUGGAGCUGCACUAACUGGCAUCCAGAUGUCGGUGUUUGUGUUCUCCCCUGUAUUCCGGACCCUUGCUUCUGCCUACGGAUGGAGAGGAGCUUUAGUCAUUGGCUCGGCCAUAUCGCUCAACAGUGUCGUCAUUGGCGCACUCAUGAAACCCGAUGUCGUCAGAAAGCGAUGGCCCUUGAUCGGUGAUGAAGGCGAAAAAGGCAACGUCAAUGACCACGACGACGAUAAAGGUGAUGUUGACAACGGGACUAAUGGGCUUCUGCUUCGACCAUCCCCAUCUGACCAUCAACCUACUACUACCGUUCUGAAGUUUCCAGAAUCACACGACCAAGUAAGUUCUACGGGAGUUGGCAAAGACUGUAGUGGAUCGCUGAACAACCAAAGUUGUUAUCCGCGAGCAUCAAUGGGCAUUACAGUACCAUGUGAUGAUCAAGAGCGACAUGGUGAUUCGGAUGAAGAUAUCGACGAGAAUAAGGAGGAGAUUCGAAGUCUUACGACUUUUAUUACAGAUGGCGACAUCCAUUCUGGAGUCUCUAUCACGGAUGACAAAGAACGUUCUCAAUCCACAUUCCUCGGAACAGACCAUGUUUUUAAUUGUAGUCUAUCUAGUGUGAAUGAUGUGCGAAAUGAUGACAAAUAUCAUAGCCUCGAGAGUGUAAGGGUUGUUAAAUCUACAUUUAAAGUAUCCAAUUUUUUCAAGUUUAGCACCAAACCCCUCACGAGGACAACCAAAAUUUGUCAUGUGGCCCUCCUUGUCGCUAUAUUUUUCCUGGCAGCUACCUACGUAACUGUUAACAUUUUCAUCGCGUCGGCUGGGACUCACGGAGGACUCUCUCCCAUGCAAGCAGCCACACUUCUCUCCGUCUUCGGGGGUUCUCAGGCUGUUGGUCGUUUCUUCAGUGGCAUCCUUGUGACAAAGGGUUACGUGAAAGCCACGCAUCUCUUCAUAGGUGCGCAGAUACUGAUGGCAUCAGCCUCUUUGGCCCUCGGACUUCUGAUGAGGGUUUACGUGGUCGCCAUCUUGGCAUCACUGGCGUUCGGAGUUUCCGCUGGGGCUAUCAUCUCACUCAACAUUGUCAUGCAGAGGGUGAUCGAUGACAGUGCGACGUCGAUCUCGUUAGGAUGGCUACUAUUCGUCGAGGGUUUCGGUGGCUUCUUCGGCAAUUUUGUAUUUGGUUACUUGACUGAUAGCUUUGUGCUCAUGUUCGUUCUGGCUGCAGUCUUCACAUCACUGUCUGUUGCCCUCAGCGUUAUCAUCCUUAUACUCAAGAAGCGGGAAGCGGUGUCCAACAAAGCAAUUUAGAAUUCCUGGCUGAUUCAGCCUUAGAGGAACAAAAAUACAGUGUUGCAGGAUAUUAACCCUACUAUAUUAUACAACUUAUUAAGAACGCAUGUGCCAAUCAAAUUAUAACUGAUGUAGUGUUUUUUGUAAAUUAAAACAAGUAUUGUAUUAUUAUAAUCGUCUUUAUCUGUAGCAAUCGUCACCCAUAUCAAACUAGCUUAUGCCUAUACUUCAAUUCUUCAUUAAUGAUUGUACGAAAGUAAUUUAGUCAUGGAGUAAAAUUUGCGAAAACAUUUCUAUAGCAGUGGCGUAGUUGGAAGGACAUGAAGGGGGAGGGGCACGUAUCCCCAAUUGAAUAAUGAACAAAAGAAUAAAGAAAAGAAAGUGAGGGGGAAGAGACAGGGAAAGUGGGAUAGGUGGCAUGAAAAGAUAAUAGAAGGACUUCUUCCAGUGACCCUCCUCCUAAUAAAUGGCCUUAAAAAUAUAAAAAUCUGGAUGUAUGUAGCGCCUAUAGAAAUACCGUUACUAAGCGCUUUACAAAUAUUAAAGAUAAACUUGAGUUCUGGUAAAAAAAGAAAAUGAAUUCUCACAGAAUCUAA